AUGAUAAGGAACCUUUUAGGGGAGGAAUUAUCCAGGUUGGGCAUUGAAGAUCUGCAAAAUCUACAAAAUCAUCUGCAAGUGAGUUUGAAAAGCGUCAGCACUAGAAAGGAGGAGAUACUAACUGAUGAGAUCAAAGAAUUGCACCAGAAGGUAGACCUUCUUUAUCAAGAAAAUGUUGAAUUGUACAAGAAUAUUAACCUCAUUCAUCAAGAAAAUACAGAAUUGCAGAAGAAGAUUCAUAGACAAGGAUGCACAAAUGAAGCAGACAGGGGCACCAACACUACACAUGAGGUUAGCAAUAGCAACAUGAAUGAUUUACAUGCACCAGUUGAUCUCCGGCUAAGCCAACCUCAUACACAGAGGAAUGGUCCACCGGCCGAUCUAAUAACACUUGGUUUCUUCACACUAACAAUCAAAUUAAUGUUCACCGGGGAUCAAGAAAAGGCUAACACCGGCGGCGCUUCUUUGCUGCCGGUCACCGUCCAUAAGACGAGAAGAAGAGCAUUGGAUUACAUAGAGUACGCGGAAAACGAUGGUUCAUCGGCCAGUCACAGCCUGCAACGCUCGGAGCAUAAUAGAUCUCCCCGAAGGAGAAUGAAUUCAAUGACAUUGAAAUGUUUAUGGCCACGGUGGAGUGUGACCCUUUGCUUUUUCGGAGCCUUGAUAUUGUUUGUGCUUUCCACCAUCUUUUUAAAGAUAAUGCUGAUGAGCAGCUUUAAUCCUACAGUUGAUGCUAAAACGAAUUCUUAUCCUUUUUUGAGACGUCAACAGCCUUUGGAAGCCUCCUCUGCCGUUGCAUCACGGAAGAUUAUUCAACACUUGCAUGAACAGAUACCUGAUAUUUGGAAGAAGCCUAGAAGUGGCAGGUUUUCUAAAUGCAUCGGAAGAUCGAAACGUAAACUCGGCGAAACUGCCACAAAUGGUUACGUUCUAGUUCAUGCAAAUGGUGGACUAAAUCAAAUGACUACAGGGAUAAGUGAUAUGGUUGCCAUCACAAAAUUACUAAAUGCAACGUUGGUUCUUCCUUCCUUAGAUCAUACCUCCUUUUGGAAAGAUCCAAGUGAAUUUAAAGAUAUUUUCAACUGGAAGCACUUCAUGGAAGCUCUCAAAGAUGAUAUUGAAGUACUAGAGUCUCUUCCACCAAGCAUCGCCAAGGUGAAGCCUAUAGUCAAAGCCCCCGUUUCCUGGUCAAAGCCGAGAUACUAUAGGGGAGAAAUCCUGUCGUUAUUAAAGAAGAAAGGGGUGAUAGAAUUUCCACUCUCGGAUUCCCGUCUUGCUAACAAUGGCGUGCCGAGUUCAAUCCAGAGGCUUCGCUGUUAUACAAUGUUUGAAGCACUUCGAUUUGCGGAAGAGAUAGAAGAACUAGGAAAGAAGUUAAUAAGCAGACUAAGGGAAGAUGGUGAUCGAUACAUUGCACUUCAUUUAAGAUACGAAAAGGACAUGCUUGCCUUCACUGGUUGCACCCACAACCUCAAUAGAACAGAAUCCGAGGAGCUUCGGCGUUUAAGGUAUAAAACCAGGCGCUGGAAAGAGAAACAGAUAAACGGCACGCUGCGGCGACUCGAAGGAGGGUGUCCCAUGACACCGAGGGAAGCUGCCGUUUUUCUUCAGGCUUUGGGAUAUCCCUCCAGCACUAAAAUCUACAUAGUUGCCGGAGAAAUAUACGGUGACAAACUUACUCAGUUCAAGAAGCACUACCCAAAUACUUAUUCUCAUUCCACCUUGGCUACUGAGCAAGAGCUGCAACCAUUUGGGCGACGCCACAACAAGCUUGCUGCAAUAGACUAUACUGUUGCCCUAGAGAGUGAUGUCUUUGUUUACACCUAUGACGGGAAUAUGGCAAAAGCAGUGCGUGGUCAUCGCAUUUUUGAAGGCUUUCGGAAAACAAUCAACCCUGACAAGCGGAACUUCGUCACGCUUAUUGAUAAACUGGACAAAGGACUGAUGUCUUGGGAUGAAUUCUCAUCCGAAGUUAAGAGAUUACACGAGAGCAGAAUUGGAGGACCCUACUACAGAGAAGUUAAAGAAUCUGCAAAACUUGAAGAGAACUUCUAUGCCAAUCCUUUGCCUGGUUGUGUUUGUGAAGAUUAA